UGGCGUGUUUCUAAACUUCUUGUGCUUUGUUGAAGUGCAUUUAAGCGUUUAAACUCUUCUAUUGUGGGCAAAAUGGAAAGCAACAAACAAUCAUCUGUCGCUGACAUUAUUCUUUUUUUGAAAAACAACGAAUUGAAUGAAAUUGUCGAAGAUUUUAAAGAACCACAUGAUAUUUAUCAGAUGAUUCCUCGAAUAAAACUUCACAAGAAGUUUACGUGUAUUUGGAAUGACGUUACUCAAAAGCUGAAAGCAGAGUUAGGACGUAUUUUGGAGAAGAGUGAUGUUGUGCAAGACAUGAAGGAACGAUGGAAUUUGCACAAAUAUAAAAUGCUGUCUGUUAUUAAAAAGACAAAGCAAAAGAAUGUCAGCAGUAUCCUUGAAGAGCUGGAGGAUUGUCCAGUUGAAGAUGAGAAAGAGGUCAAGAACUGGUGUAUAAUGGCAUGUUUGCCUUAUGUGUUAGAUGACCAAUGCACCCAUCGAGAUAUGAACAAAAAGCUAUUUUGGGACAUUGUUGAUGGUAAAAGCUUGGGGGAAGUUCAAGAGAUCAUUAACAAAAGUUCGUCUCCUAGACUCCUAUCAACAGGAACAUUAAGAAACAUUCAUUCAAUAAUGUUGGUGGCUGAGGGGAUGAUUGUGGCAAAGCUGAAAACGGAAAAUAUUGUCAAUGCAGUUAUUAUUUUACUUAGUUCUUUUUAUACUUUUAAUGCUGAGUAUCCUAAAGGCGUUAAUGGACAUUGCAAAAAUGUAUUUAUUCUUUUAGAACAUUUGCUUUUAAAUUCAAAAUGCAAUUGUAAGGCUCAAUUGCCAACUUUUGUCGAUCAUUUUAUUUCUUCUAUGAAGUAGAAAACUUUUGUAGUGUUAAUUAAUGGCAUGUAGUAGAGAUUUUAAGUAUUCUGUGUUUGCAAAAAAUGUGCUAUUUAUAA